AGAUGCGAACGCUUGCAAAGAACAAGGAGAGCCCUCCGGAUGGAUUUAUGUGCCCGGGUGGUUGGAAAGUUUUGGUGGAAUACUAUGAUAAUUUGGAUCAAGAUGAAAAUGACAGUGUUUCUGAACCUGUGCCUGUUUGAAUGAAUCAUCAUUGAGUGAACUACAACAUGUUUGGGUUAGCAAAAUGAACAUUUACUUUACAUUACUCUCCAAAAGACAAAUAAUAACAAUAGUGAGGCAUGAUACUAUUGUCCCCUCUUGUGAAUUAUGGUACUAAACACAACCCGGUGCACUAAGCCCCCUCUACGUGUAGGGUCCGGGGAAGGACCUGACCUGACCACAAGGGUCUAUUGUGUGCAGUGUUACCGUGCAUGCGGUUUUCACAGCUCGAACUCGGAACCUCCUUCUGAUCAUAUGACAAUGGUGCUAAACAGAACAUGCCAAUAUUAUGUGCACACACCUAUAUUGGAGGGUCAUUUUUAUGUAUUUCAUUCUUUUGAAUAGAUGAAAGCAUAACUUAGACACCUA